CCCAACCCUAACCCCACACCCCCAAUCACAGUUCCAACCCAGCACCGGAGACCCGGGUUCCAUCCCAACCACGCGUGCUGUCUGUGUGGAGUUUGCACGUUCUCCCCGUGACCUGCGUGGGGUUUUUUUUCCCGGCUGCUCGGGUUUCCUCCCACACCCCAAAGACGUGCAGGUGUGUAGGUUAAUGGGCCCUCUGUUAAAUUGCCCCCAAUGUGUAGGGAGUGGGUGAGAAAGUGGGAUAACAGAGCAGUACUGUGUCUUUGGUCAGCACAGAUUCUGUGGGCCGAAGGGCCUGUUUCCACGCCGUAUCACUAAACUCAACCAAACUAACCAACCCUCUCCCCUGAGACUUCCAUGCACCACUUCCCUGAAUAGGGAGCAAUCUGGGCGAUUGAAGGUUACAGCGUGGGAACAAGCAUUGUUUAAAUAUUUGCUUCAAUCAGCUCCAACAUGCAUUGGGGGUUGGUAAAGCACUGCUUGAAAGCCUCUUCUGUAGUCAGUCGCGGACCAUUCGCAGUUAAAUGUGAGCAGCGUUGUUGCCCGGUCGGCCCCUUCAACAUGCGCUGCCAUCAGCUGCCCCUCGCCAGGAACAUUGCCCUGUCUGCAGCGCUCGGUGCCCGACACCCCGGCACUCCUCUAACAGCAGUCACCUGCCCGACCAGCACAGCUUCACACCAUGAGCUUUACUUGCACAAACCCGUGAUGGUUAAAGAGAUUGUUCAGCACCUAUCACCGAAACCAGGGCAGGUAUUUCUAGAUAUGACUUUUGGAGCAGGAGGCCAUACAAAGGCAAUCCUUUCCCAAGCUCCUGACAUCUCCGUCUUUGCCCUUGAUAGAGAUCCAGUGGCAUAUGGAAUUGCUCAACAAGUUUCAGAAACGUAUCAUGGAAGGAUUCAACCCCUUCUCGGGAGGUUCAGCCAGCUGGCAGACUUGUUAGCGGCAUCUGGAGUGGAGGCCAAUACGUUUGAUGGGAUUGUUAUUGACGCAGGCUGCUCCUCCAUGCAGUUUGACACACCAUGUCGUGGCUUUGCUUUGAGCCAGGAUGGCCCUCUCGACAUGAGAAUGGAUGGGAACAGGUACCCCGACAUGCCCAGCGCAGCUGACGUGGUGAAUGCCUUAGAUCAACACUCACUUGCGUCCAUCUUACGGAUCUAUGGAGAGGAGAGGCACGCAAAGAAAAUAGCUGCAGCAGUUGUACAGGCACGCAGUAUCUAUCCCAUCACCCGCACUCAGCAGCUCGCCGGUAUAGUUGCAGGGGCAUUUCCAGGUGCAGCAACGUACGCACGUAAAGACCUGCUUCAUCGCUCGGCACACGUGGCGACCAAAACCUUCCAGGCUCUGCGAAUCUUCGUCAACGACGAAUUGAAUGAAUUGCUCCAAGGGCUGAAGGCAGCCGACACGUUCCUGAAAGCCCGCGGCUGCCUGGUCGCAUUGACGUUCCACUCACUCGAGGACCGCGUGGUCAAACGUUUCCUGCACAACAUCGAUUUUUCCGAGAGCCCCAACCUAAGCGCCAGGCAGAAGAUCCGGCAAGGGCUUAGGAAGGAGAAGGAUAAUGUUGGAACCUGCCUCCCGCAGAUGAAAGCUUUGGGCUGGUCUAGCAUCCAGAAGAAAGUAUUGACUCCCGACUCGGAGGAAAUCCAGGAAAAUCCUCGCGGGCGGUCGGCAAAGCUCCGAGCUGCCAUUAAACUAUGAACCUUACCCGUAUCAUGUCUCUAUCUCCCUUUCCCUCAAUCCCAGUCUGAAAAAGGGUUCCGAACCAAAACGUCACCCAUUCCUUCACUCCAGAGAUGCUGCCUGUCCCGCUGAGUUACUCCAGCAUUUUGUGUCUAUCUUCAGUGUAAACAGCAUCUGCAGUUCCAUUCCACACAUCAAACCAUGAAAACAGAGCCGAUGAAGGAAUGCAUGAUGAAAUUUGAUUUGCUGGAAUCUUUGUAAACUGUAAUGAAACAACUAAUAAAUAAGAAUAUUACCUCAUGGUCAGUGAUACGAAAUUCAAAUAUAAAGGUGAGAUGUAGUCUGGUGAACCUUCUCUGCACUCCUUCUAUGGCAAGAAUGUCUUUCCUCAGAUUAGGAGACCAAAACUGUACGCAAUACUCCAGAUGUGGUCUCACCAAGACCCUGUACAAUUGCAGUAGAACCUCCCUGCUCCUAUACUCAAAUCCUUUUGCUAUGAAUGCUAACAUACCAUUCGCCUUCUUCACUGCCUGCUGCACCUGCAUGCCUACUUUCAAUGACUGGUGUACCAUGACACCCAGGUCUCGUUGCAUCUCCCCCUUUCCUAAUAUGCCACCAUUCAGAUAAUAGUCUACUUUCCUGUUUUUGCCACCAAAGUGGAUAACCUCACAUUUAUCCACAUUAUACUGCAUCUGCCAUGCAUUUGCCCACUCACCCAGCCUAUCCAUGUCACCUUGCAGCCUCCGAGCAUCCUCCUCACAGCUAACACUGCCCCCCAGCUUCGUGUCAUCCGCAAACUUGGGGAUGUUGCAUUCAAUUCCCUCGUCCAAAUCAUUAAUAUAUAUUGUAAAUAACUGGGGUCCCAGCACUGAGCCUUGCGGUACCCCACUAGUCACUGUCUGCCAUUGUGAAAAGGACCCGUUUAAUCCUACUCUUUGCUUCCUGUCUGCCAGCCAGUUCUCGAUCCACAUCAAUACUGAACC